UUUUUAUCUCGAUUCCAAUUCUCCCCAGCCCGCCUCUCCCCCGCCACCGGCGACGCCUCGCCAGAGAAGCCGGCGCCGCCGCCUAACCGCCGCACGGUCCAGGCAGGAGUUCGAUGGCCGCGUCGUCUCCGGCGUCCAGCGGCAAGGCGGCGAGCGACACCUCCGCGCCCGCCCCCGCCCCUGCCUCCGCCCCUGCCCCCACGGUCGCCAACGGCAAUGGGACGCCGCAGAAGCCGCCCCCCGGCACCGGCUUCGACAUGCCCAAGCCCAACCUCCGCGGCCUCAACAAGCCUAAGUGCAUCCAGUGCGGCAACGUCGCCCGCUCCCGGUGCCCGUUCCAGUGCUGCAAGAGCUGCUGCUACAAAGCCCAGAACCCUUGCCAUAUUCAUGUCCUGAAACAGAGCAACACAUUGCCAGAGAAGACACCACCAACUCCUGCCCCUUUGUCAGACCAACCAUCAACCAAUUCACCUUUAAAUGGUUCUUCUUCGAGACUGUCUUCCCUACAAAAGCUUCCCCAUCAUUUUCUGAAUUCAAUCCGAACAAGAAAGUCCCUUGCCAAGAAGGAUGUUGCAAGCAUUAACAAGUGGAGGUUUAUGAAGCUAGAGGAACAUAUCCAAGGAGAUAUCGAUGUUGAGAAUGAAGCAUAUGAUCGGUAUACACAGAAUAUUGGAUUACUCGAGGAAACAUUCUAUCUCACUGAAGAUGCUGCUGGUGAACAUGAAACUGAAGCAACUUCCUCAGAAGAAAGGAUGGAAAUAAUGGUCUCUGAGGCAAAGGUGAGGUUAAAAUCUGACUGCUCAAAUGCAGAUGGCUUUAAGGAGAGGAUUGCCACUAUCUUGGACCAGAAGCUGAAGGAACUGCAAGGGAGAGGCAGUGCCUAUGAGGAUGACAAGCCCUCUGACCAAAAUCUAGAUGACCAUAGGAAGCCGGUGAAGUUAAGCAUAAAGCAGCAAAUGGAGAGAAACAUGAAAACAAAUGAGCUGCUUGGUAAGUUGACAAAGGCGCAGAGUGAGGAUGAUUUGAGGCCUUGCCUUGGUAUCAUGGCGCAGCUUUUCGGAAAAGAGAAGAGUUCCACCUCCAUGAGCACAUCAAACAAGUCAAGCAACCAAGAAUCAACCCCAGCAAUUACACCCUCUUAUUCCUUUCCGAGGCGCAUGACUAGGUCAGAGUUUGACGAGAACAUGAGUUCUGAGAUCAAUGAUGAGUCCUCUUCUUUGAGUCAGGUCGCUCAGCUAUAAUCUCGGAGCCAGACUGGCUCUAUGCCUGGACUAGUUCUUUGCUGUCUAGUAACUUCAGAAUGUAACUAGCACCAUCUAGUGUUCACUUGCUGUCUCAUCUAGUGCAAUGUAAUCAAGCUUUGUUUCCAACCAAGUCAAAACCAUGAGAUUGAUGCAGUAUUUCUUUUUCCUUGUCCUUUCAACUUACCCAAAAUUUUGCCAUGUUUUUCUUCAAGAGGGAAUAACCAAAUUCCAUUA